AUGUCCUUCAAAAAUGUGCAUGAUGAUGGUGCUUCUAAUGACAAUAGAGGCAUAGCGGCAAGUUUGAUUGAAAAAAUGGAGAAUUAUCAAUUUGUGUUUGUGAUGUAUUUGAUGAGGCGUUUGUUGGGAAUAACAAAUGAGUUAUCACUUGCCUUACAACAAAAUGAUCAAAAUAUUGUUCAAGCAAUGCGUUUGAUUGAAGCUGUAAAGGUUCAGCUUCAAGACUUAAGGGAGACAGGAUGGGAGGCAUUUUUGGAGCAAGUUAGAUCUUUUUGUGAAGGAAACUCUAUCCCGGUGCCUAAUAUGGAGGAUCAUAUGCGAAUCCGUGGUCGUUCUAGACGGGAAGGGCAAGUCAUUACUCAUUUUCACCAUUACCGCGUUGAAAUUUUCUGCGAGGUCAUUGAUUUGAUUGCACAAGAAAUGCAAAACCGCUUCCCAGAAACUAGCACAGAGUUACUUCUUCUUCUGUCAUGCCUUGAUCCAAGGGACUCAUUCUCCAAAUUCAACAUCCAUAAGCUACUUCGUCUUGCAGAACUUUAUCCCGAAGAUUUCACAAUGACUGAACGCAUGAUGCUUGAGGAUCAACUUGCUACUUUUAUUUAUGAUGUGCGGCAUGAUCCAGAUUUUAUAAAUGUUGGGGACUUAGGAGGUUUUGCUAGGAAGAUGGUUGAGACAGGCAAACAUAUUAUUUUUCCACUAAUUUAUCGCCUUAUCGAGUUGGCAUUGGUUUUACCAGUUGCGACAGCUAGUGUUGAGAGGGUGUUUUCGGCGAUGAAUAUUGUGAAAACUGACUUACGUAAUAAAAUGGGAGACGAGUGGAUGAAUGAUAGCUUGGUUGUCUAUAUUGAGCGGGAGGUUUUUGCAACUAUAGACAAUGAAGCGAUUCUACAACGUUUUCAGAAAAUGCAAACUCGGCGGAUGCAGUUACCUCCUCUUAGUCUGACCCACAUGCCUCACAUUUCUAGCACUAACGCUGGCAUCGGUUCUAGUUCAAGCAUGCAUAAAUAG